GCGACACUCAGACUGAACCGAUGAUGAUGUUUUCACAGAAACCGAGGCCUCGUUUGUUAUUAGACACGUCAUUUUCACGUUAACAACACAAGCUUGGAAUCGCGGCUUCAUCUGGUACACCCAUUUUUUCUUGACACAAGCUCUGACGCCUCGGUUUAAAUGUCACAUCACUAACUGCAGCGAUAUCGAGGAAGACAAACGUAUUUAGUUCGGCGGCGAAUAUGACGGAAACUCUCGGAUUUUACGAGAAACCCGCCGUUAUAGACGAGCACGAGCACUCAGACCUGGAUGACUCUGACGAGCCGUCUCUGUUGAGGUUCAUGUGUGCCGAGAUGACCAGGGGUUACUUCCUGGAGCACAACGAGGCCAAGUACACGGAGCGGAGGGAAAGGGUGUACACCUGCAUGAGGAUCCCCAGAGAGCUGGAGAGGUUGAUGAUCUUCGGGGUCUGCCUGUGUCUGGAUGCCUUUCUGUACGUGUUCACUCUGCUGCCCCUGAGAACUCUACUGGCCUUCCUGAGGGUGCUGACGAUACCCUGCUGCGGCCUCGGCGCUAACGUUUGCCCUUAUUGCAGACGGAGCAGUGGCUCUCGGUUCCUGCAGCCGGCUCAGGUGUGUGACCUGCUGAAAGGUUUAAUCAUGGUGCUCUGUUACUCCAUGAUGCACUACGUCGACUAUGCUAUGAUGUACCACCUGAUCCGCGGCCAGUCGGUCAUCAAACUCUACAUCAUCUACAACAUGCUGGAGGUGGCAGACCGUCUGUUCUCUUCUUUUGGGCAAGACAUUCUGGAUGCUCUCUACUGGACGGCCACUGAGCCAAAGUCACAGAAGAGAGCCCACAUUGGAGUCAUCCCUCAUUUUUUCAUGGCUGUCUUCUAUGUCUUUCUGCAUGCCAUCCUCAUCAUGGUCCAGGCCUCUACUUUAAAUGUGGCCUUCAACUCGCAUAAUAAAUCUCUGCUCACAAUUAUGAUGUCUAACAACUUUGUGGAAAUCAAGGGAAGUGUGUUUAAGAAGUUUGAGAAGAACAACCUCUUUCAAAUGUCUAACAGUGAUAUCAAGGAACGGUUCACCAAUUACGUAUUGCUCCUCAUCGUGUGCCUGAGAAACAUGGAGCAGUUUUCAUGGAACUCAGAUCACCUCUGGGUUCUGCUUCCUGAUGUCUUCAUGGUCAUCAUGUCUGAGAUUGCGGUUGACAUUGUCAAGCAUGCCUUCAUCACAAAAUUCAAUGACAUCACUGCUGAUGUCUACAGUGACUAUAAAGCCAGCUUGGCCUUUGAACUUGUCAGCAGUCGACAACAAAAUGCCUACACAGACUACAGCGAUUCAGUGGCGAGAAGGAUGGGCUUCAUUCCUUUGCCUCUUGCUGUACUGUUGAUUCGGGUGGUGAUGAGCUCAGUGAAGAUCCAGGGCGCUCUCUCAUCUGUCUGUCUGCUCCUCUUUUAUCUUGGAUUGAUAACACUGAAAGUCUUGAAUAGUAUAGUUAUUCUGGGAAAGUCCUGUCGAUAUGUGAAAGAAGCUAACAUGGAGGGUAAGCUGUUUGAAAGACCGACUGCUCAAACCUCAAAGCAAACUCCCAAGAAAGCCAACCCUGCCAAAUCUCCCCCACCCUCAGCUGAACCUGAAGUUCAGCAGCCCUCCACCUCCAUCACCAAACAGCCGACCCCCAGGGUGAAGCCUUUUCCCCCGGCUCCACCCCUUGUAACUGUGGUGGCCAGUGAUCCGCCACCAGAUUCUCCCCCUAAACCAGAGGAGAGCAGCAGCGAGACACCACAAUCUACUGAACUUAAACACAGAACCACAAAUAAAGAUCUGUUGGAGAUCGACCGCUUCACAAUAUGUGGCAACCGAAUCGGGUGAACUUUAACCCCAUCACCACAGUAACUGCUCAGGAACGAAAGUCGAGGAGACUCAGGAGUAUGAGUCUCACAUAAUUGCGAGGGGCUUUCGAGUGAGUUCUUCAGAGGUUGCUACUAUUUAUCGCUAACUUCUAUUCCUGUGGAAUAUCUAAGGAAUCAGAUUGAGUACGUAAAGCAUUUCAAAUCAAAACAAAGACUCUGUUCACCCUCGGCAGGCUGGCACAUCACAUGGACUAGAAUCCAGUAAAUGUUGCUCUAGGAUAUGUUUGUCUCGAUUUUUAUCCGAGACGGAACAUAUUGAACAAUAAAUGAGGCAUGAACGUCUUACAAACUAGACUCUUCCCACUCAAAAUGAGUAGAAACUAAAAAACAUGAAUUAUAUAUUUAUUUUUGAACAUCUGAUUCAGAUUAAUAGAUGCAUUUCUAUUUAUUGACACUUUUGGCAUAGAAUAUUAUGCUAAACAGAUUUGCCAAUAAGCUGCCAUUAGAUUUGCUCAGUCUGCCAAAUAAUUGUUUUUAGAAGUUGUAAAGGUGUUAUUUGGUUUGAUAGAUUACUGUGUGUUUUUUCAUUGUCUAUUUAAAAGAAAGAGAAGGUUUGUCUAGCCUAACACCAGGCUGCUUGAUAAUUUAGCUCUAGAUAAUAUACAAGGUGCCAAUCCAGCAGACUUAACUUUGCACUGAUUUGCCAUAUUGUCUUAAGCGGUACAGAGUAUUUUUGUUUUGUUUAUGAGUAUGAUAUUGACCUGUUUACACCAGCUAUGAAAGAGCAAUUAACUGUUUCAUAUGAAGUGAAACAUAAAAUAGGAGUGUGUUUUUUUUUUCAACUCAUCUGUGACCAAUCAUAUUGUUUGACCAAUAUAAUGAUUUUGUUGUUUUAAAUGUAAGUAAAUUAUUAUAGAGUGAUUAAUAGUUCAAUGUCAUGUUUAUAGUAUUUUAUAAUGUUGCAUAGAAGUUGAUUUAGCAAUGAGCAAAAGCCUGUGCAGCCUGUCAAGAAUUUACCUCCUGUAUACAGUCAUGUGGUGCAGUGGUACCCAAAGCCAUGUGACUUAAAUGGAUAUUCCGUCGUUCUCUUUUGACUGAAACUCUUUUUUAAUUAACUUAAUAGAAGUGUUCCUGCCAUAUUUUGAAAGUUGUGUCAUUUUCAUUUCAGUAUAUUGUAUUUUGUUCUGUUAUCCUUGUAAAAAUUGGAAGACGAAUUUUGAAAAGAUUCUGAACAGGGUUGCACAGGUUGUUAUUCUUAUUGUUUUUAAAAUGUACCGUAAGGCUAAAAAUUGGUUUCAUACGUAAAGGGUGACGACGACUCAAAUUUUUAUGUAAUGCCAUUUUUGGGAUGGCAAAUAAAAGUUGUUUUGCAAUUUG